AUGGGAUAUCAGCAACCGGCUGGAUUCGAUCGAUCUCGUGGUUAUGUGAUCGGUAAAAAGGAUGUCACUUUGGAGCAUUUGGAAGAGGCGUACACUUCAGAGAAUUGGUUGGUGCGUAUAUUCAAAGUAAAGAAACCAGCGAAUCGCCCCACGAUAAAGUACCAACAAAGACACAUUAAAUCGUGGAGACCUUUGAAAGUUUCGAAAAAGGGUAAAUCGAAACGUGGUAUCAUUAAAGGAAGACCAUUGGUGAUCAAGGGUAAGCGGUCGUCAUCGCCUUCGUCGAGCAGCUCAUCUGCAUCUCAUUAA